ACCCUCUGUUGCACGGAAAUGCUCAGUAUUGUCUGAUACCGGCCUACUAUUGAUUUCAUUUUAGUCUACCUUAGUCCGGCUAUCCCCACCCCUCCUCCUCUUCCUCCUCUUCCUCCUCCUCCUCCCAUCACACUCACGCUUCCCACCUCCCCUCAGCCUCUCGUCUUUCUUGGACUGCAGCAGAGGAACCGCUGCAUCGAAGAAGACAAGAAAUCUCGGCGCAAUGCUUACAUCUGUGGUUCUGUAGAAAAGGAAGUCGGAGGAACGGACACCUCAGAUUCAACCAAGCAGAUAGAAUGCAUCUGCUCCUCUUUAGGUGGCUGAUGGUCUCCUCUGCUGAGCUCUGACAGGAGUAAGGAUCUCUCCAAUUUGAUAUCAACUGUCUCCAUUUCAGCGCUUUGUAACAUCUCCCAUCCAAUGGAAUUAGACAUCAUCACUUACUCAUUAGUGUUGUGGCAGAUGACUGGAUUUUAGCAUUUGACUGUGAACUGGAAAACUGCCUUAAAUUUAUCUGUCAGAAACUAGGAGAACACAAAGAUAAAAUAGGUAGCUUACAUCUAUUGGUCCUUGUCGGUUACAGGCUCAAUAGAGUUGAAUUAAAAGACAUUUAGUCGCAGCUAUUUUUGUGCCAAGAUGGAUGAAACACAUAACAACAGGACUUCCUUGGUCAAAGGUGCCAAGGACAUAGCUAAAGAAGCCAAGAGGCAUGCUGCCAAAAACUUCAGCAAAGCUGUUGAUCGUGCCUCAGAUGAAUACUCAGCUCAUCGCAGCUACAACCGCUUCCAGAAUGAGGACGAAGAGGAGGACUACAAUUCUUACACUCAGCAAGACGGUCACUACGCUGACAAUGCAGCCAACGAUGAGGACGGGGCCUCCAGUGACGCCACAGAGGGUCACGAUGAUGAAGAUGAGAUCUAUGAGGGGGAGUACCAGGGUGUGCCUGCUUUCAAUGAUGGGAAGCCGAGGGAUGGACAGGUGGCUCUGGGCCAGCCGGUCUCUGACAGCCUAAAGAGCCACAAGGAGUUAGAAAAUGAGAGACAGGCCGACGAGGAGGAGCUGGCCCAGCAGUACGAGCUGAUCUUGCAGGAAUGCGGUCAUGGGAGAUUUCAGUGGCAGUUGUACUUUGUGCUCGGCCUGGCGCUCAUGUCAGAUGGCGUGGAGGUGUUCGUAGUGGGCUUCGUCCUACCCAGUGCGGAGACGGACAUGUGUGUCCCCAACUCUGGUGCUGGAUGGCUUGGCAGCAUUGUGUAUCUGGGGAUGAUGUUUGGAGCCUUUUUUUGGGGCGGCCUGUCAGAUAAGGUGGGCCGUAAACAGUGCCUCCUGAUAUCCAUGUCUGUCAACGGCUUCUUCGCCUUUCUCUCCUCCUUUGUCCAAGGCUACAGCAUGUUCCUGUUCUGCCGCAUGGUAUCCGGCUUUGGGAUUGGUGGAGCAGUACCAAUAGUCUUCUCAUACUUUGCGGAGGUGUUGGCUCGGGAGAAGAGAGGAGAGCAUCUGAGCUGGCUGUGUAUGUUCUGGAUGAUCGGAGGAAUUUACGCUUCAGCCAUGGCUUGGGCUAUCAUCCCACACUAUGGCUGGAGUUUCAGCAUGGGUUCAGCCUACCAGUUCCACAGCUGGAGAGUGUUUGUGGUGGUGUGUGCGCUGCCAUGCGUCUCUGCAGUGGUGGCUCUCACUUUUAUGCCUGAGAGCCCCCGCUUCUACCUAGAGAUGGGUAAACAUGACGAGGCCUGGAUGGUGCUCAAACACAUCCACGACACCAACAUGCGCGCCCGCGGAGAGCCUGAGCGAGUCUUCACUGUGAACAGGAUAAAAAUCCCCAAACAGCUGGACGAGCUGGUGGAGAUGCAGAAUGAGUCAGCCAACCCCGCAGUCAAGGUCCUCUUCAAGAUCAAGUCUGAACUCAGAGGAAUCUGGUUGACUUUUAUGAGAUGCUUCAACUACCCAGUGAAAGACAACACCAUAAAACUGGCUGCGGUUUGGUUUACUUUAUCUUUUGGGUACUACGGUUUAUCUGUGUGGUUCCCUGACGUCAUCAAACACCUCCAGGCUGAUGAGUACGCCUCCAGAGUGAAGAUCUACAACAACGAACGUAUUGAAGACUUUACCUUUAACUUCACCCUGGAAAACCAGAUCCACAGGAAUGGAGUCUUUCUAAAUGACAGGUUCAUCGGUAUGAAGUUUAAGGCGGUCACGUUCAUCGACUCCUCUUUCCUGAACUGCUAUUUUGAAGACGUCUCCUCAGUCGGAUCCUUCUUCAAAAACUGCACAUUUGUAGACUCCUUCUUCUACAACACAGACAUCGAUGAUGCCAAGCUAACAAAUUCAAGAGUGAUCAACAGCUCCUUCCACCACAACAAGACAGGAUGUCAGAUGACGUUUGAUGACGAUUACAGCGCCUACUGGGUCUAUUUCGUCAACUUCUUGGGGACACUAGCUGUGCUUCCUGGAAACAUAGUCUCUGCCCUCCUCAUGGACAAAAUAGGACGCCUUAGCAUGUUAGGGGGGUCCAUGGUGCUGUCAGGGAUCAGCUGCUUCUUCCUAUGGUUUGGCACCAGUGAGUCCAUGAUGAUCUUCAUGCUCUGUCUCUACAACGGCCUGAGUAUCUCGGCCUGGAACUCACUGGAUGUGGUCACCACUGAGCUGUACCCAACAGACCGGAGGGGCACAGGCUUCGGCUUCUGUAACGCCAUGUGUAAGCUGGCAGCAGUGCUGGGCAACCUGAUCUUUGGCUCACUGGUUGGCAUCACCAAGGCUAUCCCCAUCCUGCUGGCAUCGUCUGUGUUGGUUGGCGGUGGCCUGAUAGGGCUGCGACUGCCAGACACUCGCGCCAACGUCCUCAUGUAAACCUAAACACAGGACAUAUGUUUACCAGGUAUUUACUGAUUAAGCUGGUGAUUUAUUUGAGCAUUACCAUUCUUUCGUUCAUUAUUUGUGCUGUAAGUGCAUCAUAUAGAGGACAAGCUGGAAUUAUUUUGCUAUAUCUCAGUAAAUACCUGGUAAAACAGGAUUAGGAAAUGCAGUUUUACUUCAAAAGAGCUACAGAUAUACAGAGUUAGAAGUAAGUUAUGAAUCUACCCGUUGUGUCUGUUUUCUAAAUCUAAGGGCAUUUAUGCAGGGAGUCACUCACUCAGAAACCUACCACGAAGAAGCAGACCACAAUGAACAGCGAUAAGGAACCUCUGUAUAUCAGCAGCUCAUAAUCUGCCACAGGCUGUUCCACACAUGCAACAUGUAAAAAGCAUGUGUCAGCGCUGCAAAAGGCUUGGACUUUACAACCUCCCUCCUUCAAAUCCUGCUUAAUGCAGUCCCUUUUUACUUUAUGUCAUGUGUGUGUUUGACUUUUAUACAUCUAUUUAUUAUGAAUUAAGUUUAGCCUCAUUCAUCACACCGCUUGUAUGGGUUUUCAUGUUAAGGCCAGAAACUGAAGGUGCUUUUCUAUCUCACACUGGACCUCUGUUUCUAAUGCUGCAAUUCGACCAACGGUUGAUAAUGUUCAAGCCUUUUGCUGCUAUUUGCAAGAAUGAUAAGGCCAUAAAAAAGAAAUCAAUAAAGAUACAGUAGUCUAGUCUAAACCGGCAACUUCAGCAGCUACAUUUCUAAAGUGAAAAAAAGUUUACAUUUUCUGCUUUUUACAGUAAGAGACUUUUGAGAUCGGAAACCUUUUGUCUGAAUGCUCCCUCUCGUCUGUGUUGUGUUCGUCUUGUGGCGUCGAGCUCACUAUGAAGGGCUUCGCUAUCUGUUGCAAUCUGAUCUGUCAAGAAGAAUUUAUAUUGAAGGAAAACCUGCUGUUAUAAAAAUGCUGCUCCUCUCCCUGUCUUUUCUGUCUGUUUGUCUCUCUUUGGUUUGCUUCGAGUGUAUCUCGACCCAUCUUGUCACCUGGCCUCUUGUCUAUCUCCUCCGGCCUCGCUGUUGCUGCUGCUGCUGCUGCUCCCUUCAAAACUCAAAGGCCUUUCUUAAAUGUUGUGCCUCUCUUUCCAUCGAGCCCGUCUCUCCUUCCAAACCUUGCUGGAAGCUUUGCUGCUCUGCCCUCUGCUUUUUUGGUCUCAUUUCUUGAUACUGCAGUGUGUACAUGUGCAUGAGCGCGUGUGUGUCCUGACUAACCCUUAAAGCCAGUGGCUUUAUCUUUUGUUUCAUGUUUUUUCUAAACCAAUGAGAUUUUUUGGUGGAUUUGAACCACACAGUGAAGUGAAAUUAAAAGCCAUGCUUAAAAGCAAUAGUUUGACAUUUUGGGAAAUAAACCUAUUUGCUUUUUUUGGAGAGUUUGCUUAUCUUUUAUGUCUGUUCGUGAAGUAUAAGCUACAGGAAACCCUUUAGAUUAGAAGCAAAAGGAAACAGCCUCUGAAGUUAUAGCUAAAUCCAUCAUGUUAUUCUCUUUUAGUUCAGUUUCACCAGUAGAUAGGGUAUAUUUUAAACAGUGUUGGUCUACAAGUUUCUUCUCUACUUGUAAAGAUCAAAAGGUCUUCACUAGUAUUUAUAUUUUCAUCUGACUCUUUACAAGACAGCAAAUACAUGUAUUUCUUAAACUGUGGGACUAUUCUUUUAAGGGAUCAAACACCCAAAUCACACACGUUUUUGGGUCAUAUUUACUUACAUAUAUAUAUAUUACCUUUGCAGAUAGUGCUGUAGGCCAGUGGAAAUGCACCAAACUUGCCAAAUCAAGCUAAAUUAUCUGCAUGGCUUUACAUGUUUCCGAGUGUGAUUUGGGUGAACAGACCCAUUAAAAUAUCUGUAGAAAUCAAUUUCUGCUAAAAUAUGUGUAAAAAAUGCAUUAUCAUAAAUCAUUUGUUCAGUAAAAUCUCUAAGAUGCUGUCAUCUGGAUUUGUUUGAUCAUAAUUCAAAUGUAAUCGUUUUUGAUUACAGCGUGAUACUCGUUGAUAUUUUGAUGUUCUGUAACUCAUGUAGUCACUUAUGUGACCAACAACAUGAAGCAAUUUUCUUUUCAUUUUUUUAAGGAGUGUCAACAAAUAACAAAAUGGUUUCCAGUAUGUUCGAUGCCUUGUAUUUGUCGGCUCAUCUGCAUCUUUCCUUCUCUGAACAUUACCACACGUGCUGAACAAACUCACUACAGAUCACUGUUUCCAAAAUGAGAUCCUCUUGCAUGUUUGUUACUGAAGUCCCUCUGUUGUGUGUGCUUUUUUCCAUUUUGGUGUCGUUACUGAGAAACAGACAUGUGAUUCCAGGUCAAAGGUGAAUGUAUCAUUCUUGUGUGUUGUCAGAUUUAUUGUGGACUGGUGUUCAUGUUGAGUUGACUUCUAGGUCAUUGUGAAAGGGCAUGCUAGUGGUGAGAUGACUUUACAAAAUGUUCACCAGCAGAGGUGUUCAAAUCUGCCUUCAGGACGUUCUCCUGUUUGAUUAUCUCGAGGUCUCUAAUGCAGAAAUAAAAGCCAACAUUUUACCUUCAGAUUUGAUAACCUCUGCUAAAAAACAAUACAUCGAGGUGUGUGUAACAAAACUCUGUCUGUCCUUGAUAUGAUUUAUUUUGUUAAGAAAAGGCUCAAGUGAAUGCAGUGUAAAGGUGGAUUCCUCUGGUGUCUACAUAUUGAAUAAAGAGUUUCAUUUGAACAGCUA